GUAAUAAGACCUAUCAACUGUAUAUAACACGUAGUUUUACAACUAGACGUUUUGUUUGUGAACGUUCCAGUGCACCAUAAUAUUACGAUUCAGGAAGUCGUUUCUUAAACUUAUUACAAUUGUACACAUAUAUUUUAUAUUUACAUUUUUUUUUAAUAAUGGGGAUUUUGAAAAUUGCUCUUGUAUUGAUGAUUAGCUGUUCAUCCCUGUACUCUGUGAAAUGUCAUUCAUAUCAUUUCGGCCAAUGUCCAACUCUUGAACCAAUGGCUGAUUUUUCAAUGGAUAAACUUUUAGGAAAAUGGUAUGCAAUCCAAAAAACAUCAACGUCAAGUCGGUGUCUUGAAUAUAACUUUGAAAAAACAGGCGAACCUAACUCAUACAAAUUAGAUCAAAUGAGCGAAAAUUCAAUAAUAAAUGUUGCAAAAUCUAAUAAUUACCAUUAUAUUGGAAAUCUAAAAGCAGAUCCUAACUUACCUUCGAGAAUGAUAGUUAAUUUUCCAUUAAGUGUUGCGGGUAAAGCGUCGUUUGUUGUAUUUUCAACGGACUACACAAAUUACGCAGGAAUAUUUUCUUGUCAAAAAAUACCUCUUGGUAAUAGACAUACAGUGACGAUUUUAUCUAGAUCAAAAACUUUGGAUAAACAGUAUGUAGAUAAGGUGCGCAAUCGCAUUGCUUCAAGCAACGUAAAUCCAUUUGACUUAACCAUUGUUGAUCAGAACAAUUGUUCACAUCUGAACACAACGAUGCGUGUGGAAAUCAAUGACCAAACAUUUAGUUCACAGAACAUUGGUCAGGCGGUACGUAAAGUAGGAUCGAAAAUUGGCGAUGGUGUAGAGUACGUGAUCGAGGGUGGUAAAAAAAUAAUAAAAUCUGUGAGUAAAUCAGAUGAGAACAAAGGUGAUCCUAACAGUGACGUUGAGUGGAUGCCAUAGAUCAAUAUUGUAAUAACAUAAACUUUAUUACAUAAAGUUGCAUACUACGUAAACUUAUUUUUGUUGUAGUUAAUAAUCAGGAAUAUAUAUAUUUAUACCUACACCUAAGUUACAACAAAUUUAUCUACGACUGAUAAUCAGAAAAUGUUAAUUUGGUAUAGUUUUAUUAUUUUACUUUACAAUAAUUGUAGUUUGUACACUUGUUAUAAAUAAGAUUUUAAUUAUUUAACUAUACAUUUGUGUAUCGACAUUAA